GGAUCUACAUGUGUCACAUGACUAAAUUUGACAGAUACCGACCAACGAUGGAGCGAAGCUAAGGAAGGAAGAAUCUGACAUCUGCUAAGGCAGUGGCUUUCCCUCAACCCUAAGUGUUUGUGGAAUGGCUGCAGUUUGGCAGCAAGUGUUGGCCGUGGACGCAAGGUACAAUGCUUACCGCACGCCUACGUUUCCACAGUUCCGCACGCAAUACAUCCGUCGGCGCAGCCAGCUUCUCAGAGAAAACGCCAAGUGUGGCUUUGAGCCUGGUGUGCGCAGGCAGUACCUGAAGCUGCGCAGCCAGCUGCUGGGCCUACGCUACGGGCCCCUGUCUGAGCAGAGCAGCUUCAGAGCCAGCAGUGUGCGCAGCUCCCGCACCACACUGGACCGUAUGGAGGACUUUGAGGAGGACCCUCGUGCACAGGGGGCUCGUGGCCACAGGCGUUCCGUCAGCAGAGGCUCCUACCAGCUCCAGGCCCAGAUGAACAGGGCAGUCUAUGAUGAGAGGCCUCCAGGCAGCUUGGUUCCCACCUCGGUGGCAGAGGCCAGCCGGGCCAUGGCUGGAGACACCACUCUGAGUGAAAAUUAUGCGUUUGCUGGCAUGCAUCACAUAUUUGACCAACAUGUGGAUUCUGCUGUUCCUCGGCUGCAGUUUGCCAACGAUGACAAGCACCUGCUGGCCUGCUGCUCACUGGACGGCACGCUUUCCAUCAUGACCUUGUCCCCGUCUCCUCCCAGCGUGAAGGUCACUUUGAAAGGCCAUGGCGGCCCCGUCACUGACUUUGCCUGGUCCCUCAGUAAUGACAUAAUAGUGUCCACAUCUCUGGACGGGACUCUGCGUAUCUGGAACACAGAGGACGGCCGGUGCAUCAGAGAGGUCCGAGACCCCGAGGCCAGCGAGCUGCUCUGCUGCACCUUCCAGCCCAUGAACAACAACCUGACUGUUGUGGGAAGCAGUAAGCACCUGCUGCAGGUGGUCAACAUCUCCACUGGAAAGAAGGUUAAGGGCGGGUCCAGUAAACUGACAGGUCGGGUGCUGUCUAUGUCCUUUGAUGCCCCAGGGAAAAUCCUUUGGGCUGGAGAUGACCGAGGCAGUAUCUUCUCUUUCCUGUUCGACAUGGCCACAGGGAAGCUGACCAAGGCCAAGCGUCUGGUGGUGAGUGAGGGCAGCUCCAUCUGCAGUAUAUCAGCCCGCUCAUGGAUCAGUCGCGAGGCGCGGGACCCCUCUCUGCUCGUGAACGCCUGUGUCAACAAGCUGUUACUCUACAGAGUGGUGGACAACGAAGGCACUCUGCAGCUGAAGAGAAGUUUCCCCAUCCAGCAUGGCUCCCAGCCCCUCCACAGCAUCUUCUGCCCUCUCAUGUCCUUCAGACAGGGGGCCUGUGUCGUGACUGGCAGUGAGGAUGCCUGUGUGUACUUCUUUGAUGUGGAACGCAACACCAAGGCCAUAGUGAACAAGCUGCAGGGCCAUGGAGGGCCGGUGCUAGAUGUCAGCUUCAACUGUGAUGAGAGUCUACUGGCCUCCGCUGACUCCACAGGCAUGGUCAUCAUUUGGAGGCGUGAACAGAAGUAGUCCACCAACCAAAUGCUUCCAUGCUCUGGGAAAAAACUACUGAAAAAGCUCUUGUCCGUCCAAUAAUUAGUUUUUACAACUGUACUAGACUGCUGAGGCAGCAUUGAUGGACAGUUACAACCUGAAAUUGUUAUUGGCUUUGUUGGCUUAUUGUCAAGGGUGUUGGUAAUAUUAGGACUUCUGCGUAGGUAAACACUUCUACAUGCAACAGCUGUGUCUUUGCAAACUGAAGAACACUAACCUGGAGAAACAUGCAUGUGCCAGGGCUUGUACUAUUAGGAUGUCAACUUAACCUGGUGUGCACAUAUGUGCAGCAUGAAAUGUUAUCUUUCAAAGGCAAUUCCUUCACUAUUUGUAUUGCAUAACCUGUUCUGUCAGACUGUUUGGAGCGCUAGCUAACCUGUUAUGUAACAGUUAAGAAGCAGUAAUGAGUGACCUGACAGCCUUAUUUCCUUAAAUCUUACCAGUCCCUUAAUCUUUGCCUAUUAAGCAUUCCUCAGUGUCAUGGGUUGGUAUGAUGUGCAUGGCACUAAAUCACAGAUCAAACUAAAUUAGUACUGACAAAUUCACUUUAAAACAACACAGAAAAAUACUUUGAAAAGUGAUGUUACUGUAAUGAAACAUUGUGCGUGUCUUAAGUGUGUGUAUUUUGUGUGUUCUAUAUGCUAGUUUGUGUUUCAUUCUAGAUUAAAAGACUCCAGAUUAAUAUAUUUAUUAUACGCAUACAUUGAAUAAACCCUAGCCUACUGUAAUGUUA